CAUCGGCCAGUCGAGUUACCAAACUUCAGUGAGAGGUGGGACAGCGACAGAGGCUGUCAAACAAUCGUGGAUUAAAAAAAGAAAUAUAUAUAUAUAUAUAUAUAUAUACACACAUACAAGAAACCAAAAAAAAAACUGUAGUCAAAUUGUCAUAGAUUGUUUCCUGGUUUCAUUUCUCAGGGCCGAAAUGGAUAACGUUUUAUAUUGUUAGCUAGCUAGAAAGCUAACUAAACUGACGAGAACGAGUGCCUCUAGCGAGACUUUCAAGACUCAACGACAUCGAGACAAAACGAAACACAACAAACAAACAAACAAAACAAAAAACAAGCUUAAAGUCAACUAUGGACGGAUGUAAACCAAACAUGCAGCAAAGUAACGACGAAAAAAGUGUGGAAAAAUGUAUGGAUGAAUAUCUAAAAUCAAUCGGUUUUCACCGGAAAAAAAUCGCCAAAGAUGGAUCAUGUCUAUUUCGAGCUGUAGCUGAACAGGUGUUACACUGUCAAAGCCUGCAUACCAAAGUCCGUGCCACCUGUGUGCAGUAUCUAAAGAACAACAAGGACAACUAUGAGGCGUUUAUAGAAGGAGACUUCGAGGAGUACUUAAUAAAACUUGAGGACCCUCAGCACUGGGUGGGAGAGGUGGAGAUAUGUGCACUGGCUCUGAUGUACAAGAGAGAUUUCAUCAUCUUCCAGACUCCUGGUAAACGUCCUGUUCGAAUCACUGAAAACGGCUUUGAUGACAAGGUGCGUCUGUGCUUCCUGAACGGGAACCAUUACGACAGUGUCUACCCCGUAGCUCAUGUGAAGAAUGCUGCCCUCUGCCAGUCCGUCCUGUACGAGCUCCUCUAUGAGCGUGUGUGCGGCACGGACCGUUCCGCGGUCGCUCCCUGUCUGAAGGGCGGCGCUGGUAACCGUGGUAACGACCUUCUGGAAGACGACCCGGACAAUGAGCAGUGUCGUAGCAGCGACGAGUCGGACCUGGAGGGAGAGGACGCUCUCUGGAGCCAGGAUGGACCAGCUGGACCUGCAGCCCACAGGGGACUCCCCGUUAAGGGUCGAGGAGGUCCACACUUCUCCAACAGGGUCAGACGUUCUCUCAACCCCUUCCUCUACAGAAACACUGAGUACGAUGUCUGGGUCAAGUCCAAGAGAGCUCAGCAGAAGCUGGAUUUCUGCAUCGCCGCUGGAAUGCAAUAUACAGUGGGAGACAAGUGCAAGGUUCGCCUUGACAACGGUGGACGUUACUAUGGCGCCUACAUCCAGGAAGUGUCGCCUAACAACGGGCCCGUCACUGUCUUCAUAGAGGAACUAGGCAAGAAACACACUGUGUCCCUCUGGAAUCUACGCCCUCCCACAGAUGAGACGUUGUCCUGGAGCACGGUGGCCCGAGACGGAAAGAGACUGAACAACGGCUCUGCUCCAAACUCUGAUUGUGAGGGCAGGGGAAGAGGGAGGAAGUCAGGGAAGCCUUCAACGCCGUCGGCAACCCCGUCUGUCUCCCAGGCUAAAGGACCCUCCCAGAGUGGUGGGCGCGGUGUCCAGAAGCAGCACUCUUGGCCCCCGCAGGCCACCGUAGAGGAGGGAGGGAUCCGGAGCACCCCCCACAACACCAGGAGGCCCUCUUCAGAGGCAGCAGCAGCAGCAGCAUUUGGUCUAUCAGAGGCACAGCGUCAAGCCAGAGAGGAGGAACAGAGGAACAUGGCCCUGCUAGAGAUAGAGCUACGGGAUGAGAGAAGCUUCCCUGCACUGGGGGUGGUGUCUAAUGCCAGUGAGGGGAAGAAGAGGACAGGCAGAGGCAUGAGGAGAUCAACAGUAGACGAGGAGAGGAAGACCCCAUCGCCCCCUACUCCUAACCUUCCUCCUACUCCUAACCUUCCUCCUACUCCUAACCUUCCCCCUACUCCUAACCUUCCUCCUACUCCUAACCUUCCCCCUACUCCUAACCUUCCUCCUACUCCUAACCUUCCUCCUACUCCUAACCUUCCUCCUACUCCUAACCUUCCUCCUACUCCUAACCUUCCCCCUACUCCUAACCUUCCCUUCCCCCUACUCCUAACCUUCCCCCCUACUCCUAACCUUCCCCCUACUCCUAACCUUCCCCCUACUCCUAACCUUCCUCCUACUCCUAACCUUCCUCCUAACCUUGCUCCUUCCCCUAACCUUGCUCCUACUCCUAACCUUGCUCAUUCCCCUAACCUUGCUCCUACUCCUAACCUUGCUCAUUCCCCUAACCUUGCUCCUACUCCUAACCUUGCUCAUUCCCCUAACCUUGCUCCUACUCCUAACCUUGCUCAUUCCCCUAACCUUGCUCCUACUCCUAACCUUGCUCAUUCCCCUAACCUUGCUCCUACUCCUAACCUUGCUCAUUCCCCUAACCUUGCUCCUACCACCACUACUCCUAAUGUGCCUCCUUCCAUCUCUCCUCCUGUUCCUCUCUCUACUCCGGUCUCUGUUCCUCUGCCGUCCUCCAUCUCCUCCUCCCAUUCCCCUGCUCCUUCACCCCCCACACCUUCUCUGCCCCCCUCCCUCCCCCUCAUUCCUUCCACCCCUUUCCAGGUCAACCCCUGGUCUAAAACAACCUCUGCUGUUCCUACCCUUCACCUCACCCCACCUGUGUCUGGGGUUUUAACUACCCCCCCUCUGGUGACCUCUGUGCCCAACAUGGUGGACCAAUCCCCCCAGACAAUACAGACUGUCCCUCUCAACCCCUCCUCUCUCAAUCUCACCCACCCCUCCUCUCUUCCUCAAUCUGGUCCAUCCUAUCUACCCCAAUGUUCUCUUACUCAGCCCCACCUCUCCCAGCCUUCUGUCCCCCUGGAUCCUCCAUCCUGUGAGGUCUCCUCAGCCUACCCCCCAGCUUUAUCCCUCAUGGGUGUACCCCCCCCCACUUCCUUCCUCCCCCCCGACCACCCAUCUCACCCUCCCAACCACCCUCCUCAUCCUUCCUCCCACCCUUCCCUUCCCCCCGGGCUCUCCCCAGCCCCCCUCCAGCCCCCGACGGUCACCCAGCCCCCUCUGUCGUUCCACCAGCUGGCUCAUCUCUACCAAGACCCCCUGUUCCCAGGGUUCCCUUUGUCUGACAAGGAAGAGAUCUCCAGACACCCCCCUUACUCUUAUAUCCACACUGGAGAGGACCUGCCACGAGAUGUCAACAUCCUGAGGUUUUUCUUCAACCUUGGUGUGAAGGCGUUCACCAACCCCAUGUGGCCCCCCCACUCUUACAUCCUCCCUCUUCACCAGGCCUACAGCAUGCAGCCCAAACUACCCUCAGUCUCCUUUCCCUCUUCCCACUGGUACCCCUCCCACCCUACCACCGCGCCCCAGGAAGGGUACGGACACCCCCACCCUCAGUACCCCACCCCCUCGGGUUUGGGGGGCCUCCAGAGAUCAACCCCCCAAUCAGCUGCAGAACCUCCCCAGCAUAUGGAAUUCCGAUACGGGCAGGAUGGUCGCUCCGCGCUGGGGUACCCUUCCAACCGUCACUUUCACCCUGCCUCAACCCAGCCCCGUGGCUCUUUACCCUGGUGUAGUAACGUUACCCCGCGACCGAACGCUUACGCUGGGGUAUGCUCUGUACCCACACCCCUGGCACAAUACUCUCCACAAGCGCCCCAACCUGCACCUACCAACCAGUACCCUCCUACGCCCCAACCUGCACCUCCCAACCAGUACCCUACUACACUCCAAUCCUCUACCCAUACCUCUCAAGCUCAGCCCUACACUCCAGCUCCAGCCGCCUCCCCUCCCUCCGUACCCCAGUACCGAUCAGCGUCUCUGGGGUACCCUACUCCGAGGCUGCCCAGUGGGAACCAGACCCAGGGACCGCUGGAUCCUCACCCCGCCAGCGGUGCCUCUUCCCUGGGUAUGAGGUCCAGCCACCGCCCCCUAGAGAACCAUAAUGCUAAUACUACCUCUGUUGUCAAUGUUACUACUGAUGCUGCUGCUGCUACUACCUUGUCUAGUACUACUGCUUCCAACACAGAAAGAGCUUUACAGACUGUUCUUGCAGGCUUCACAGACAGAGGACAGGGAGACAUGAAGAUGGCUGGCACUCUGCUGGUGAACCCUCCUCUUCCUCCUUCUGAGCAGGUCACAUGGGUCCCCGAGGGUCACCUGACGACGACAGUAAGUGCCGAGGCCAUGUUCAAGGAUGUAUCCGUCGGCAUGGCGAUGCAGGGCGCGGGCGACGCCCCCAUGACCCAGAGGGGGGCGGAUUUUAACAUGAAAACGACAAAUGAGACGACGGGGGGGAGCUGGGGCGAGACUUCAUAUUUAGUGACGCUGCCCCUGGCUCCGAGCGGCGAAACAACAUCAUUGGACUGGGAGGGAGGGGAGGGGCUAGACCCUAAUGACCCCACGCUCAGAAACGGAAAGAAGUUCUACAGUCGCUCCUUCAGAGGUGGAGGAGGGAGGGGAGGACACGAGGAGGGAGGCGCUAGAGGGAACCGUUGGAGGGGGGAGAGACGCGGGGUAGGAGGUUACCGAGGAGUGGGGAGGAGAGAUAACAGGGACGGUUUCCGGGAGCGAGACCGAGGGGACAGGAGACAGGAAGGAAGAGGAGACUACCAGGGUAACGUCACUUCUAAAGGACAAAAUGUGAGGGGUCGGGGGAGGGGCUACCACCACAAUCAACAGCAAUCCAAUGGCAGAGAGGCAGGCUACUCUAGUGGGCUGAGGAACCCCCCUUAUACAGAUUUGUGAGAUUUGAUUGGCUGAUAUUGCUUUAUUGGGAUUGUUUAUAUAUUUUUUUGUUUUCUGAUUUAGUAUUUUAAUUGUCUGGUUUGUGGGGAUAUAGCUGUCGUUGGACUCGUCUUUUAAAAAAAAAAAAAGGACAAAAAAAUUUCUGUCUCCAUGUUAUUGUUGCCUUCUGGACUCAGGCUGUAUCCCAUAUUUAGUGCACUAUUGAUCACCCCCCCCCCCCCAUAGGGCCCUGGUCAAAAGUAGUGCACUAUAUAGGGAAUAGGGUGUCAUUUGGGAUACAAACUAUCUCCUCUGAAAGAUGUUAAACCUGUACAGAUAGUUAGAUGUUAUUCCAGUUAGAUGUUUGCAUUUUCUAUACGUGUAAUAAAACUUUGCUGUAUUUA